AUGGUGCUGAAACAACUUACUGCCGAGGUAGACGAAGAAUGGAAUUUACUAGAACCAACACAAAUUCAUAUGAUGAUUCCAAUGUUACCGGAAGCAACAACAGAACAGCAAGAGGACGCCUUACCAACAGCAGCAGCUUCAUCACCUACAUCUACAACAUCUUCCGAAGCUAUCGAUUACGAAUCGAAUCAACACGAAGAAUCUACUUCAACCAUCACUACCAUGUCACAAUUUGACAAAAAUAUUUCUUCGAGAAAAUCAAAUGUUACUAUCGAUAAUGCUGCUGAUAAUAAUAACAAUAUCUCCGCCACAGCAGCCACAAAUACAAGCAAAGAAAGUAAUACCAUGUCUACAAGUAUCACCACCGACAAUUCAACUCUCAUUCCCAUUCAACAUCAUUCUCCGAGAAGGCUCCCACCCAAAGAGAUAACCGAAUCGAAUAUCGCCGAUCGAUACAUCGAAUUCGUGUUCUAUUGCAACCCAUCUGCACCAAUUGAAACCGACGUGUCGUCUUUGCAACGCGCGUUUCAAGCUGUGCCGAAAUCGGACGGAAAAGUUUUUCAUCCAUGGGUGCUGUUUCAACUGGUGCGUAAACAUGAAGCAGGCGAGAUUAGAACUUGGACGAAAUUGGCACAGCAAUUGGGUGUGGAAAAAACGGACGAUUCUAGUCCGCAGAAAAUCCAACAAUACGCUGUGAGAUUAAAGAAAUGGAUGCGUUCUAUUCAUCUGGAUGCCUUUUUCGAUUAUUUGCUCUCCAAACAAAAUGAGUACUAUCUCGAACCAGAGAAGAAUCCGACUGGAUUUGAAGAGACCUCAGCCACAACAUCGACAACAGCAACAUUAGAUGAUGAUGCUGAUGACGCCGAUCUUGUAUUAAAAUUAAUCAAGCGAGCAAAUAGUAAACGAAAGAAAAGAAAGUACACUCGACGUAAUACCGGUGGUAGCAUUAGUGGUGUUGGUAGUAACGAUAUUGACAACGAAGAACAACAAAAGCAGCCAAAAGAAAAGUCUGCAAAGAUGACCACAUCAUCAUCAAAAACUGCAAGAAACGAAGAACCACCCGAGAAAAGAAUCAUAGUAUCUGUUUCUGAAGCGAGUAGUGGAAAUGACGACGAAGAUGAUGCGGCGGAACCUAUGGAAGAUGAUCUUCAGGAUGUCGAGUGUGACGAUCCUACUUUACCUAUUGCUCAUCGUCGAAGUAUUGUCCAGGUUGGACUUGGGACUCGGUGGGUUAAAGAUGAGGAGGAAGAUAAGUACGAAGAUGACAGUAGAACAGAGGCAUCAUCAUCUGCGGCUGUUGCUUCUUCUUCCAAACACAAGGAUGUUACCAAUAAAAAGAAAAGAAAUAAUAAUAGUAAAUCAUCAUCACCUUCAAAAAAUAAUUCAUCAAGUCGAAUUUCUUCGGCACCGGCACGUGAAAUACUUUUGCAGCUUGGAAAAUCAAAAUCCUUUGAUCAUAUACCAACACCAAAUCCAUCACCGACAACAAUGACCGAAAUGCGAUAUCAUCAUCAGCAUCUUGGACAUAGUUCGCUUAGUAGCGUUGCGGGUUUUGAUAGAAAUACCGUCGAUUCCUCUCCAUCCACAUCAGCAGCAUCUAGUAAUAUCAAAUGGCGUGCUAUUUCUAUAGGUGGUGGCCCUUCUGCUCCGGUGACUGUUUCCUCUUUUUCCCCUCAAAAAGGAACUAAACGAAAGUAUAGUAGUACUGAUGUAUCACCAACGGGUCAUUAUGAUACUUUUCGUGUCCAAAAACAAAAGCAGCAACAUCCACAACAUCAGCCACAACCGCCACAACAUCAGCCACAACCGAUUCAACUUCCGCCACCGACGCAACAAUAUCCUGAGCACUAUGGGUUUGGAGCACCACUGCCGCCAUCAAUCAAUAGUUAUCGGCCUUCCAUAAGUUCAUCGUCGUCCCUAUUCACCGAAUUUUUCCUUCCACCAGUUAAUGCUAGUUCGCCAGACGCUGUGAACACACUCACAAAACGGCUGACAAAAGCGGUCGAAAUGCUGGAGAACAGUCAACGUCGAAUUGAACAAUUGGAAAGUUCUAUGCGACAACGUGAAGAUGAGAUUCGGCGAAAAUUUUGUGAUAUGAAGAAUGAUGUGAGUGGGUUACUUAAAAAAUGGGGAGAUUAG